UUGCUCCACUUGACUAAAGAAAGAGCCUAGAAUGAACUGCAGUUCUGCUUCUUACUUUGAGCAGAGGAAGACUGUGCCGUAAAGCUGAGCGACUAAAAUACUUUCUUAAGCUCAUUAUGACACCCUCCCAGCAGCAACUCCUCUUCCUCGUCUGUCUAGCAGCAACUCCUUUUCUUUGUCUGUCCAGCAGCAGAUCCUCUUCCUCGGAUGUCCAGCAGCCCCUCUUUGAAAAAUGCUUCUACCAAAGCUAAACUCUGAUGUAAGCUUAUGAGUGAUCAGGAUCUGCAGCUUCACUGAGCCGAGUCUUGGAUUUGAUGGGAUUAUUGUGUGGAAAGCUAAAGUGGGUCACAGAAGAUUUUCAAGAGUUGAUAUGUCAAGGAUGGAUCCAAACCUUUCAUGAGACUGAAGCAAACUGCCUGCAGACAAUGAAAACUUGGAUUUAGGUUUGUGGAGAAUCUGUUGGUUUCUGCAAUGAUUUACCUAAAGGUCAGGAGGAGUACUGUUCCCUGAGGAGCUGCUGUUUUGACCAUGGCCACCUCUCCUUGGACUUGAGUCCUACAGAGAAGCUUGGACCGUCAUGAGUGUUGGCAAGGUAAACUUCACCAAGGCGGAGAGGGAAAAGUUAGCUGAGCUGCUUUGGCUGCUCAACUGGAUCUCUGUGGUGACUGGAGCCAUCCUCUUGGGUAUGGGUUUGUUUCUCAAAGUGGAGAUCCAGACAUGGCAGGAAGUGAUGUCAGAGCAGGGGGUGCUAUUUGUGCCGCACAUGCUGAUCACCACUGGUCUGGCUGCAUGUGGCAUCAACUUCCUUGGGGGUAAGAUUUGCCUGGACUGCGCCGACACCAAUAAGUUCCUGCGUUGGAAGCUAGUGAUGAUGCCGUAUGUCAUCUGCACUUUCUUCUUCACUGCCUGCAUCCUGGCUGGGGCGCUCAUGUGCUACAGCAUCCGCAGCCAGCUGGAGGAGUCCCUGUUCCUGGGUCUGAGGCACUCCAUGCGCUACUACAAGGACACAGACACACCUGGACGCUGUUACCUAAAGAGGACUCUGGACCUGCUACAGAUCCAAUUUCAGUGCUGUGGAAACACUGGCUAUCAGGACUGGUUCCAGGUCCAGUGGAUCAGCAGUCGCUACCUGGACCUGAGAAGUAUGGCUGUGGUGGAUCGUCUGAGGAACAAUGUUGAAGGGAAGUUCCUGAUGGACAGCGUUCCCUUUAGUUGCUGCAGCCCCCUCUCCCCUCGGCCGUGCAUCCAGCAGCAGCUCAGCAGACCCUUGGCUCACUUCAACUUCGACCAGCAGAGUCAGCACCUGAACCUGUGGAGGAAGGGCUGCCGGCAGGCACUGCUGGACCACUACACUGGUAUCAUGCAGUCCAUCAGCCUAAUUGUGCUCCUCAUCUGGCUUUUUGAGUUGCUGGUUCUGACUGGCGUCCGGUACCUGCAGACGGCCAUGGAGAAUGUUAUUCGCCUGGGUGACCCUGAAUCAGAGUCAGAGGGUUGGAUUCUGGAGAACAGUUUAGCAGAAACGGCGCGUUCCAACUUUAACAUCAUUAAAAACCUGGGGAAAUGUUACCAGGUGGACAAUGACCCAAACAUCAAUGUUCCAGCGGUGAUGGCAGAACAGGAAAUUCAGUCAGACCAAGUCCAAGUCCAAAGGAUGGGCUAGCUCUGAGUUUGCGUCCUAUAGACCAGUGUUUUUCAACCAGUGUGCCGCGGCACACUAGUGUGCCGUGGGAGAUGGUCAAGUGUGCCGUGGAAAA